GGCGACGGGCAGCGAGCACAAGGCGGGGGUUUCACAGACGCCAUUUUCUGUUCCCUCGGCCGAAGUCGCUCUCGCUCUGCUUUGCCACCCUACAACCCGUCCACCGCGGCUCCCAAGGGGCAGGCUAUUGAAGCAAUAGGCUGUUGGAUUUUGAUCCCGCCCAGAAUACUUGAGUUGUUCUCUGCAAGGAUAUAUAAUAGUGGUUUUGCCUGCCUGUCUAAGAAGAAAAGGAGAUGGAGACUGAACAACAGGAAGAGACCUUCACAAACACAGAGACAAAUGACCUCUCUACAGGCAAACGUCCUGCAGAAGAUAUGGAGGAAGAGCAGGCCUUCAAAAGAUCUCGGAACACGGAUGAGAUGGUUGAGUUGCGCAUCCUGCUUCAGAGCAAAAAUGCUGGAGCAGUGAUUGGAAAAGGUGGCAAAAAUAUUAAGGCACUUCGUACAGACUACAAUGCCAGUGUUUCAGUCCCAGACAGCAGUGGCCCCGAGCGCAUCUUGAGUAUAAGCGCAGACAUCGAGACAAUUGGAGAAAUCUUGAAGAAGAUUAUCCCUACUUUAGAAGAGUAUCAACACUACAAAGGCAGUGACUUCGACUGUGAAUUAAGACUUCUUAUUCAUCAGAGUUUGGCAGGAGGAAUUAUUGGUGUCAAGGGUGCUAAAAUUAAAGAACUCAGAGAGAACACUCAGACCACCAUUAAGCUCUUCCAAGAGUGUUGUCCUCAUUCUACUGACAGAGUGGUGCUUAUUGGUGGAAAACCUGAUAGAGUCGUUGAAUGUAUCAAGAUUAUCUUGGAUCUUAUCUCUGAGUCUCCAAUUAAAGGACGGGCCCAGCCUUACGAUCCCAAUUUCUAUGAUGAAACUUAUGACUAUGGUGGCUUCACAAUGAUGUUUGAUGAUAGAAGGGGACGUCCAGUAGGCUUUCCGAUGCGUGGAAGAGGAGGUUUUGAUCGAAUGCCCCCUGGUCGUGGCGGACGACCAAUGCCUCCAUCGAGAAGAGAUUAUGAUGAUAUGAGCCCUCGCAGAGGACCUCCACCACCUCCACCAGGUCGUGGUGGUAGAGGUGGCAGCAGAGCUCGUAAUCUUCCUCUUCCUCCUCCACCACCUCCUCGUGGCGGAGAUCUUAUGUCCUAUGACCGAAGGGGCAGACCAGGAGACCGUUAUGAUGGCAUGAUGAUGCAGUGUCAUGUGGAUGCCUGUGAUGACAUGCAGCCACCAGAGUUGGCUCAACUUCACUCCUUCAUUCCCUACUGUUCUACUUCCCCUGCCAUGAGUGGUACAGGGGGAUGGGGAAUGUUUGAGGGUGGUUCUGGAUAUGACUAUUCUUAUGCAGGGGGGCGUGGUUCCUAUGGAGACCUUGGUGGACCCAUCAUCACAACACAAGUAACAAUUCCCAAAGAUUUGGCAGGAUCUAUUAUUGGAAAGGGAGGCCAGAGAAUCAAACAAAUACGUCAUGAGUCAGGAGCUUCAAUCAAAAUUGAUGAACCAUUAGAAGGCUCAGAAGAUCGGAUAAUAACUAUUACGGGAACACAGGAUCAGAUACAAAAUGCACAGUAUUUACUGCAGAACAGUGUGAAGCAGUAUGCAGAUGUUGAAGGAUUCUAAUGCAAGAUUAUUUUUUCUUUUUUAUAGUGUGAAGCAGUAUUCUGGAAAGUUUUUCUAAGACUAGUGAAGAACUGAAGGAGUCCUGCACCCUUUUUUUUUUUUUUUUUAAAUCUGCUUCUGUUUAAAAAGCCAACAUUCCUCUGCUUCAUAGGUGUUCUGCAUUUGAGGUGUAGUGGAAUCUUUGCUGUCCACCAGAUGUAAUGUUUUAGUACCUUACAAAUACUCGGGUGGGGGGGAAAGGCGCAUGAGGCUAACACUGAAAUUUUGAAGCAGCAGCAGAGAGAGUGAAUUUUAUUUUUGUUCGUUGGUGGUGGGAAAUUGUAAUGUUUUUCUGUAAUUGUUGUGAACACCUCGCUUGACCUACACUGUUUUUCAAGGGGAGAGAAUACGGCUAGUCUAUGUGUCCUUGGCAUCCUUUUAAGAGCAGUGUGCAGAAUGUAAUGCUCUUUUUCAGGGAACGAAUGAUUUUCAAAUAAAUUCAAUGAACCUAUUCUUGGUGGUCAUUUUUCUUCAGAUAUACAUAAGGUAGUAUCAAAAAUGGAUACACCUGUUUCCCCCCCCUCCCCCAAAACAAUGCAUAAAUGAAAGGUCCUGUUAAGCUUGAUCUUCUGCUUUGAUAUAGAUGGGAUUAGGUAGGGUUUUUUAACGAACUAAAUUGUUUCCACAGUGACUCUGCUUUGCUGUUUGGGAAAAAAUGCAAAAACAUUCAUGCAAAUGUUGUGUAAAACUUGACAUUUUUGCAAGUGUUUGGCCCUCUGCAGCACAUAUAUUGGUGACAGUAUAUAAAUAAAAUAUUUAAAAAACUUUGGUGUCACUGAGUAAACAGUGGUAAAGUACACCUGGUUUUAGACAGCUUGCUUAAUGCAGAUAACUCUGUUAGAAAUGACAGUUGCUGUACCAUUACUGAAUGACCUAUAGUUGUUUUCUGAGCUUUUUAUUUGUAUGAGGUAGACGUUCCUAUAAAUUGGCAAAUCGAUGGUAUCUAACUCUGUAACUGUUUUUCAUUGUAUGCAAAACUUAAACUUGUUUGGUUUCCCUGUUGUAUGUUGAAUUUCAUAGGAAUUAUUUGUGAGAAAUUAAAAAAAUAUAAAGCCUCUGGAUAUAUCAUGUAAUACCUUGGCAUUUGUAUUUAUAGUUUACAAGUUCUAAUCCACUUCCUGAAUAAAAACAAAUUUGAAAAUGCA